UCGUAUUCAUUAACCUACAAAGCUUUUUUAAAUCAUCCUGUUCACUACAACGUUCUUGGGAGAUACCCACCUGCUCUGCCCAAAUCUCAGGGCUUAAGGGUUUGAAUUAUCAUCAACCAAUGAUCUUUUAAGCAGAUGAUGAUGGAUUUUGGAGAAGAAAGAUGGGUUUCUAAACAUACCCAUGUAAAAAUGUCUUGGUUGAAAUAUGAAAUCCACAAGAGACAUGUGGAAUUCCAACAACCCCAUCUGUAUUCAUCAUCGUUUUCACCUCCAUUUGCUGUUACAAUUCAUAAAACAUCAAACACUUUAUCUUCUUCUUCAGGCACUAAGAUCAACCCAGCUGUUCUUUUCAUCAUUGUAAUCUUGGCCCUCUUGUUUUUCAUAUCUGGUUUGCUUCACUUGCUUGUGAGAUUCUUGACAAAGCACCAUUCUUCCUCCAAUCCAUCUCAAUCUACUAGAUACCCAGAUGGUUCUACCUCAGAUGCACUUCAAAGACAGCUUCAACAGCUUUUUCAUCUUCAUGAUUCAGGCUUAGAUCAAGCCUUUAUUGAUGCCUUGCCUGUUUUCAUGUACACAGAGGUUGUGGGUGCUAAAGAAUCAUUUGAUUGUGCAGUUUGUUUGUCUGAAUUCCGUGAGAUGGAUAAAUUGAGAUUGCUCCCCACCUGCAGCCAUGCAUUUCAUAUGAACUGUAUCGAUACAUGGCUGCUAUCGAAUUCAACAUGUCCCCUUUGCAGAAAUACCCUUUUCAAUCCUGGGUUUUCCAUGGAUAACCCGAUUUUCGAAUUCGAUGAUACGAGGGAAGCAGAUGAGAGUGGGUUAGCUGCUGGUCCAAAGACAAUGGAACCUGAACAAAUGAUUGCUGAGAAAGGAGUUAUCUUGGUGAGACUUGGGAAGUUCAGAAAAUUGAUUGAAGGUGAAGAGGAGACAGGUGGAGAGUCUAGUAGCAGCAGUAAUUUGGAUGCAAGAAGAUGCUAUUCAAUGGGUUCAUAUGAGUAUGUGGUUGGUGAUACAAGUCUUAAGGUGGCCCUAAACCGCAAAAGAGACAGCCAAGAUGCAAAUGGAAAUCUAAGGGUUAGUGAGGAGACGGAAGGGAAGAAGAUCACAAUCAAAGCUAAAACCGAUAGUUAUUCGGUUUCAAAGAUUUGGUUAUGGCCUAAGAAGGGAAAAUUUGCAAGUUGUUCAGAGAAUUCUUCAGUUGACAUGGAAUUACCUUGGAUGGGAAGAAUGCAAGGUAGAUGAAAAGAUUUUGGUUCUUAAAUCUUAAAUCUUAAAUCCUGUUUAUUAUAAUUAGUAUUUAAUUUUCAAUGAUUAGCAGUUCUUUAGAAUGAUAGCAUCUGGUGUUUGAUACUGAUAAAUGAGCAUGUU